AUGGCAUCAACUAAAUCCCACACUAAAUCUUCCUCAUCAGGAAGUUCUUUCAGUAUCAUUUUGGGUUUCCAAAAGUCAUUAGAAAAAGGUUCAUUUGGUGUUUUAUAUGCUAUGAUUAAAGGAAAUACUUUUCCUAAAAUAUUAACAAUUUUAAGUUUAUUAAUUGAAUUUUGUCAAUUAUCAUCCUUUGGUUUCAAACAUCAAUAUCCAUGGGGUGGGGAUGCUGGAUAUUAUUUAAAGAAAAUUAUGUCACCAGUCAGCCAUCCAUCAAACUUAGUUGGUUAUACUGGAUUUCAAAUAUUGUUUUGGGUUGUUGUUGGUUUAAUGGUUCUAGGUUUUAUCAAUAUAUGGUAUGUCGCAUAUCAGUUUUAUCAAGGCAAAAUUGCAAAUAUAUGGAUCAUUAGAACUCUUCGUUGGUUUGUCAGUACCUCCGUAGCUGUAUUAUAUAUCCCAAUUUUAUCUUUGCUCUUAAUCGGUUUAGAUUGUACCACAUCAGACUCAGGAAGAGUAUUAAGAAAGUUUGAAGCAGAGUCAAUUCAAUGUUUUAGAGGUGCAAAUUUACCAAUCUCUAUUGUCUCAAUUAUUUUAAUUAUAAUUUUCAGUAUUGUUGCUUUUAUUUCAAGUGCAACAUAUUAUGAAUAUGAUACAACUGUUAAAUCAAGAUUUGCUAAACCCCAUGCCAGAUUUGAUGUUUCAAUUUUAUUAGUUAAAACCAUCUUUGCAUUUUUCAACUCUUUAGUAGAUUUUGUUCCAUGGUUAACAAGUAUAACAUUUUUCGUAUUAAUGCUCUGUUUAACCAUUGCAUCCAUUGUAGUUUUACCAUACAACAACCAAAGAUUAAAUCAAAUUAAAAGCGGUUUCUACACUGUCGUAUUAUGGGUAUCAUUUAUGACAUUGGUUACUAUGGGUUUAUACGAUGAAACUUCACCAGCCACCAGUUACAUCGCUGUUGCAGGUGUAUUCCCAGCUUUCCCAAUUGGUUAUUUCUUAAACAGAUUCUAUUAUAAAUGGUUAUCAUCACAGGUUGUAAAUCUCGUUAUUCCACAGCCAGGUACCUCCUCAAUGGACCUCCGUGAAAAGAAAGAAAAACAUCACAGUACAGAAAAGGUAGAGUCUUCACCAACAUCUAAAAUCACAUGGGGUAAAGAACCAAUUACAUUGGGCAGUAAAAGACAAAUCAUUUUCCCAUUCUUUGAAAACAAAUUAGUAUUCUCAUUCUUUGUCGAAAUUAUGGCCAGAAAAAUCUUGCGUGGUUCCUUUGGAGAUGGUAUUUCAAAUAGUUCAAAUGAUGCCAUUGAACGUGCCAAUAACUUGUAUCAAUGUGGUCUUCAAUAUUUCCCAAAAUCAGAUAUACUUUGGAUGGCCUAUUGCAACUUUUUAUUCACCGUUAGAAAAGAUAGACAUAUUGGCUAUGCCGCACUUGAAAAACUAAGAAGAAUGAAACCAUCAUUCGAUGUCCGUUUCUUUAUUUACCAACGUGACAAAGAAAGAGAACAACUCAUGGACUCUGAUCUUAGAGGCCCAGAAAAUGGUGGUAAAAUUCAAGAUUUUGUCAGCUAUAUGGAGUUCAAAAAACUUUAUUAUGGCGCCAAAAGACAUCAUGUAAAAUGUUUAAAUUAUAUCAAAAGAUUCUGGGGACAUUUAUUACACGAAACUGUAGAUUUACAUCGUUUAUCAGAUUUAUCAGGUCGUAUCGCCACAACAGAAAACAAAGCCAAUGAAAGUUAUGAAAGACUUUUAGCACUCAAUCCAAAUUCAGUCAGAGUACUUCGUGACUAUUCACAAUUCCUCGAAGAAGUUGUUAAAGAUAAAGAUUCAGCUCUUAGACUUCAAAAGAAAGCAGAAGCAAUUGAGGAUUUAAUGAGCAAAAGCCAAACAACAGAUUUCAAGAUUAGCGAUAUCAAAACUCUUGAUGACUCUGAUAACGAACUUAACGAACCAAAUGCAAUCCAAUUAGCUAAAAUUGAUGCUGAAAUUUCAAAAACUCACUCAUCAGGCUCGAAAUCAAAUGACACCAAAUCCAAAGAUGAUUCAUCAGAUACCAGCGGUUCAAGUAGAGGUAGAAGAAGCAAAUAUAGAGAGUUCCAACAGAGUAAUGCAAUUAGUAAACUUUCAUGGUUAAUGAUUGCAACCACAGCAGCCUGUAUUAUCUUUUUAAUUGUUGUUCUUAUUGUAUUCAGAGGACUCGCUGUUAAACAUAACAAUGCAUAUCAAGGUAUUCUUUCAAUCACAGAUUGUGCCACUGAAGCUGUCAAAAUUGCCAUUAAUUUAAAUACAAUGCAAGCUUAUUCUUUAGGAGAGUCCGCACUUGGUGCAGCUGUAACCAAAGCAUUGGUAGAUCAACUUAGAGCAGAAAAUGAUAGAAGUGUUAUUAUUAUGAAGAAUAUUCACGAUGCCAUCUAUUGGGGUGAAGGUAAUCCAACUUCAUAUGUCGGUGAUAAUCUUAGUGCUCUCAAAGCAAAAGAUGGUUAUCCAGUAUUUGAUAUUGGCUCUAAAGUUUUCCCUUAUGAAGAUUUUAAUAGAACAAACUCAGUUAUCAAUAAUGCUCAGAUGAUUACUCUUUAUAAUGAACCAUCAGUAAAUAUGACAAUUUUAAUCAAUCCAUCAGGGGCAAAUAUUACAACCCGUGAAACUUAUGAUCAGUUAUAUAAUGCUUGGAAAGCUGGCAACACCUUCAUUGAUAGUGCUGUACUCGCCAAUACCUUAACUGUUUCCCAACUUCAAGCUGCCUCUUUAAACUCAAACUUUAAAUUUGUUGUUCUCAAUGCUCCAACUACAAUUCCAAAUAUCUACAUAAAAAUUCAACAAACCUAUAUCAAUGCAUUAUUAUCUGGUAUUAUGAACACUUUAAACACAAUUCUUUAUGUUUGGUUAGGUAUUUUCUGUUUCUUAUUCCUCAUUGCAAUUCUUUUAUUCCGUCCAGUUGUUACAAAAAUAUCAAGAGAAAAGAUUCGUACAUUAGUUCUCUUCUCAUUGGCUCCAAGAGAUGUUGUUAUCAGAUUAGCCAGCAAAAAGAUUAAGAUGACCAGUCUAGAUAGUGGUAGUGAACGUGAUAAUCUCUUUGAUACUACCGAUGACGAUGUUAGUGCUCGUGGCCAUGACCAUCUUCAUUCAGAUGGUGAAACAGGCACAAGAAAAAAGAAUGACUCCACUUCAAUUUCUAUCACUGUUAGUGAUCCCAAAGGCAGCUCUCACCCAAUUAUUCUUGGUUCAGAUAAUGAAAUAAAUAAAUCAAGAGAUGAUGUCGAACGUUCUUCCGCAUUUGGUGAUCGUCGUCCACUAAUUGAUUCAAAUGGUCUUCUCGGUUCAACAGCCAUCAAUAGAAAACAUGUUCAAUCACAACAAGAAAAUAAUGAGGAGGUUAAACCAUUGCUCUCAAGUGAUGAUAAAAAAUAUGGUUGGGAUGGCAAGAGCAAGAGAAAUUUAAAUAAGAAAUCUUUAAGAUCUGUUUUAAGACGUCUCCAUUGGUCAUACAUUGUUGCUAUCUUUUUAUUAUUCGGUUUCAUUACCAUGGGUAUUUGGGUUACAUUCUCUGUUGUAUUCGCAAACUCUCAAAGUGGUUUUACUUUAGGCCAAAGCUGCACUAGAGCUUUAGAUAGUCGUAUUAUUAAUUAUUAUGUUGCCGAAUUAUACACAUACGAUGGCGACGCCAAUACCAAAGACGCUUUAACUGCUGUUACUCAACUUCAAAAUAACCAUCAAUCACUCCCAUAUCUUGAAGAAGUUAGACCAUUAAUGGAAGGUUCAUAUGGUUGCUGGCUCCUCAAUAAAACUAAAUGUAUCCCAUCAAACAGUCCAUACUAUGAAGAUACCUCUAAAGGUUUAGAUUGGCUAAUUGAUCAAUACACAAAACAUGUUGUAAAUUUAGCAAAUACUGACCCAAAUCUAUCAAGCUCCAGUCCAGAGCUUGCAUGGAUGCAAGCAAUUGGUUCAGACUAUAUUUUCCAAGGUUUAGAUUUAGCCACAUACAUUUAUUUUAAACAUUAUCAAGAAAAUCAAAAUUGGGCCACCAUGGUAUUAACCACAAUUCUAGCAAUCACCUCCGUAAUCCUCUUAAUUGUUUAUGUUGUAUUAUUUAGACCAUUUAUGAACCAUUUAAGAAUACAACACAUUCACACAUUGGCACUUUUACGUUUAGCUCCAGACGAUAUCAGACAUAUGGAAGUCAGUGAUAAAGUUAUUGACGAAGAUUAA